AGAGUUGUGAGAAGACUUCCCUUAGCAACCGGCAGAACCAAACUCCCACUUCUGAAGAAGCAGCAGCAGCUCUUACACUUCAAGCCUUCUGGAGAGGGACCUAUGUUAGGAAAGUAAUGAACAGCAGAAAACCAGGUACUAAAGAAAACACUAACGUCAAAGAAACCUUGCAAAAAUUGUGGACUGUGAUUGAGUUAGAUUUUGAACAGUGUGCUGUAAUGCUGUUAAGAGAAAUGUUUAAAAGAAACAGUAAGUCAAUUGAAAAGUUUCCUUGUUAUGAAGAUGAAUGGUGUAAGAUCUCUUUUGCUGACUAUGCUGUAACGUAUGCCGAUCAGCCACCAAAUGUGUGGUUUGUCGUUUUUAGAGAAAUAUUUAUUGUUCCAGAAGACAUGCUUGUAGUGCCAAAGAUGUAUACCACUAUCCCUUCCUGUAGACUUCAUGUCAUUGACAAUGACACACUGGAGGAAAUGCCACAUGUCUUUUUCAAAGUGGCACCUUGUGUUUAUCCCAGAAAUAAGAAAGGAUACACAUUUAUGGCUGAAGCAUGUACUGGUGACCUACCUAUGGCAGCUGGAAGAUGGAAGCUCCGGCUCAUCGGUUCUCGUAGUCCACUCCCAGUUCUCUCUCGUGAGGCUGUAAAUAAUGUCUAUUCUACUAAAGAAAUUAAAGAGUAUUACAUACCCAAUGACAAGCAUGUAAUGUUCAGGUAUUCAGUAAAAGUCACAGCGUCACAUAUUGCUACAGUGCAGGUACAAACCUCUAAAUCAGAUGUGUUCAUUAAACUUCAAGUCCUAGAUAAUGAGGAAGAAAUUGUGAGUGUCACUGGAAAGGGCCAUGCAGUCAUCCCUGCUUUUCAUUUCUUGAGUAAUGAAAUGCUUUUGAGUUCCCACUCAAGCAAAACCCAGGUUAUUCAAAGUAGUAUGAAGAAGGAAUCAGAAACUGGAGGAUCCAAAAAAAAAGGUCAUAUUUCAUCUUCAAAGGACACCAAAACUUCUUUCAAGCCCGGACUUGUACGAGAAGAUCCAGCUAUAUUAGAAGAUGAAUCUUUUCUCUUGGAAAACUUUCAAGAUAAUGAUGGAAGUCCACAACAAUCUCACAAGUACGUCAUACAAGCAUUGGUGCUAUAUAAUAGUUGGCCACUUACUGAGAGUCAGUCUCUGUUUGUUCAGGCACUGAAAGAAAUGGAGAAAAAUGAAAUUAAAGGUUGGUUCGAUCUAAUACAGGAAAAGCAUGAGGAGCACAGCUUUCCCCUAAUGCUCAAUUAUUUUGAAGGACAAAAGUCUGCAAGUGUUCCUAAACCAAGCAGAAGAGCAAAAGAUAAAGCAUCUGAGAAGUCAGAGAAAGAAAAGUCCAAUAAAGAACGAGGAUCACUUGUAUCUGUUGCAUCUCGACCUGAAUCUCAGCAAGCUGCUUCAAACAAACCAUACUGGACUUUGCGUCUAGUUAGUGAACAAAGAGAGGCAGACGUUCUAGAGGUGAAGAAAGACACCCAGCGAGCAGAUGAGAUCAAAGCCAUGAAACAAGCAUGGGAGUCUGCAGAGCCAGGAAGAGCUGUAAAGGCUUUUCAGGAACGCAUGCGGUUUAUUAAUAAGUAUGCUGUGAGAGAUUCAGAGGAGCCCAUAGCUGGGGCUGAGACUGACAGUUUAACACCUGGUUCAGGAGAAAGAGGUAAGGAUUCUCUUAUCACAGGAAAGAAAGCAUCACAAGCAGCUAUGGACUCAAGCUUACAAACACAGCAAAAAAAAUGGGAUCCUAUAGACCUUAGUCCUUACAUGAGAAAAACAAUGUCUAAGUCUGUGCUAAGAAAUGAGUCUAUCAUUCAACAGCAAGAGAUACAUAAAACGGAAAAAAUCAACCAUUUUAGGGAACUUCGAGAGCUGGCUUUGGAACAAAGAGAAAAAGAACAAAAUGCCAGAUCUUUAUUGAAGCAAAAUAUACUUGAGAUGUAUGAGAAUCUGCAGGCAUCCUUAGAUGAAACACGAGGCAGAGUUCACAGGAUUCGGGAAGCAUACCGAAGUGCGCUGCUAGAGGCCGAGUGCAGAAAACAAGAAGAGCUGGCAGCUCAUGAGGCAGUCCUGCAAGCGGAGCAAGAGAAGAAAACCCUGAAUGCACACAAAAAAAAGCAAGGAAAGGGCUUAGGGAAAAAAAAGUAG